AUGCGGGCUUUAGAAGAUUCAGACAAUGUGAAAGUUGCAGUGAGAUGUCGACCUAUGAGUAAAAAAGAAAUAUCAAUGAAUAACAAGUCUGUAACUACGAUAAAUGAAAUAGAUGGGUGUGUUACUCUCCAAAGAACCGAUUUAGCUGACGACCCUCCCAAGCAGUUUACUUUCGACGUCGUAUUCGGCUGCAGUAGCAAGCAAACAGAUAUAUACAACAGAGUCGCUAGACCAAUUAUUGACAAAGUCCUGGAAGGUUAUAAUGGAACGAUAUUAGCUUAUGGACAGACGGGAACUGGAAAGACAUUUACGAUGGAAGGAAUUAGGUCUGUGCCAGAGUUGAGAGGUAUUAUUCCCAAUUCAUUUGCACAUAUAUUUGGGGCAAUUGCUAAGGCUGAUACGAAUGUCAGGUUUUUGGUCCGCGUUUCGUAUCUAGAGAUUUACAAUGAAGAGGUAAGAGAUCUUCUUGGAAAGGACCAAACUGCAAGUUUAGACGUCAAAGAGAGACCAGAUAUUGGUGUAUAUGUUAAGGAUCUCUCAUCAUUUGUUGUUCACUCACCGAAUGAAAUGGAUAAGUUAAUGUCAUUUGGAAAUAAAAAUCGUGUAACUGGUGCCACAAAUAUGAAUGAGCAUAGUUCACGUUCACAUGCCAUUUAUACUGUAACAAUUGAAUGUAGUGAAAAUACAGAGAAAAAUAAAGCAUUAAUUCGUCAAGGGAAAUUGCAUUUGGUAGAUCUGGCUGGAUCUGAACGACAAGCUAAAACCGGUGCUACUGGGAAACGUCUUCAAGAAGCUAAUAAGAUUAAUCUGUCAUUGGCAACGUUGGGGAAUGUAAUUUCUGCUCUAGUAGAUGGUAAAUCAACACAUGUUCCUUACCGUAAUUCCAAAUUGACUCGAUUAUUACAAGAUUCAUUGGGUGGGAAUUCCAAAACUGCUAUGAUAGCGAAUAUUUCACCUUCAGAUUACAACUAUGAUGAGUCUUUGAGUACACUAAGAUAUGCCAAUCGAGCUAAAAAUAUAAAAAAUAAGGCUAAAAUAAAUGAAGAUCCAAAAGAUGCUAUGUUACGUCAAUUUCAAAAAGAAAUUGAACAACUUCGUAGACAAUUAGAAGAAGGUGGUAUACCUUCAGAUCCUGCAAAUGUUGGCGAUGAAGUUGAUAAUGAUGAUGAUGGCAACUACGCUUCCAGUGGUGUUGAUAGUCAAGAGAAAAGAGAUAGAAAACUGAAACAGAAUACUGCAAAGCUGAGUAAACAAAAGAUGGCUGAAAUUCAACGUAUGAUUGAAGCUGAUAGACGUAAAUUAGAAGAGCAAAAAGAUAUGGCAGUAGAAGAACGAAAUCGUAUUCAGCAACAUCUUGAAGAGAAAGAAAAUGAAUUGAAACAAACUAAAGAAACUCGUAACAAUCUUAUGAAACGAAUGGAAGCUUUGCAAAGUCGCAUAAUUGUUGGCGGAGAAAAUCUAUUGGAGAAAGCUGAAGCACAAGAAAAACUGCUAGAGCAAUCAGCAGCUGAAUUACGUAAACAACAAUUACGCGCUGAACAGCUGAAUCAGAAAUUAAAAGAAAAGGAAGAGGAACGUAUAAAUAUUGAAGAAAAGUACAAUAAUUUACAGGAAGAAGCUGCUGGAAAGCGUAGAAAACUGCGUAAACUAAGCACAAUGUAUCUGCAAGCAAAAUCUGAACUGGAAGAUCUAAAGAAUGAACAUACUCGUGAAAUGGAAGGUUUACUGGAUAAUAUACGCCAACUUAGUAGAGAAUUAGCACACCACACAUUGAUUAUUGACAGAUUUAUUCCACAACCAUAUCAAGCCCUUAUUCAGCAGAAUGUGCAAUGGAAUGAAGAUAUAGGUGAGUGGCAACUGAAAUGCGUAGCGUACACAGGAAACAAUAUGCGAAAACCAGAAAAGAAAGCUCCAGAACCGCCUAUUGAUCUUUCCAAUGUGUAUCUAUCUUAUCGCACGGACGAGAGAGGAAAUUCUGCGUCUAGGAAGUCUCAAAAAACCAACAGCCGAAUAAAAUCAGCUAACAAGAAAACAGGGUGGCAACCAGUCGAAUGA